AUGGGCCAGCUGGUGCAGCUGGUCGGAGGACUUGCUGCACGUAUAGAGGAGAAGUCCGGCGGUGCCACGGAGGGCGCCGCUGAAAGCGGCGGCGCUGUGGAGAGCGUCGCCACAAGCACUGCAGGGCCGAAGAGAGACGACGAGUCCUCGGUGGACAAGCCCGUGAGGGAAGCGAUCGGAUGCCUGAUGUGGUUGCUGUUCACGAGGCCGGAAUUCGCGCUGCCUUUGAACAAGCUGCAGAAGAUCGCCCACUCACCCACCGAGAGGAUGUGGAACGCGCUUGUGCGGAUCAUGCGUUCGACAACGGGGCUAGCCGUGACUGUAGAUGGGACCGUAGUGUGCGCAUCCACGAAGACACAGCCAGUGACGGCUCAGUCGACCACGGAGGCAGAGUAUAUUGCAGCCGGGGAGGGCGUGAAGGAAGCGUUGUUCGUGCGUGGUGUUCUGUCGUUCAUUGCGCCCGAGACGAGCGGUGCCACGAUCAGGGUCCGUGAGGACAACGAGGGGGCUCUCGCGUUGGUGCAGAACCCUUUCAGCUCGGCGAGGAGCAAGCACAUCGACGUGAGGUUCCACUUCAUCCGCGAGCUCAAGGCGGGCAAGAUCACCGCAGGUUAUGUCUCGACAGAAGAGCAGCACGCCGAUAUGCUGACCAAGGUCCUUGGUAGGGGCAAGUUGGAGUACCACCGGAAGGCUCUGAUGAAGCUGCCGAUGUAG